CCCUGCGCCCGCUCGCAGCCCGGCUGCUGGAGCCCAGGGACGGCGGCAUGGAGUCCGUGGCCCUGUACAGCUUCCAGGCCACGGAGAGCGACGAGCUGGCCUUCCACAAAGGGGACACACUGAAGAUCCUGAACAUGGAAGAUGACCAGAACUGGUACAAGGCUGAGCUCCGGGGUGCCGAAGGCUUCGUGCCCAAGAACUACAUCCACAUCAAGCCCCACCCGUGGUACUCCGGCCGGAUUUCCCGGCAGCUGGCCGAAGAGAUCCUGAUGAAGCGGAACCAGCUGGGAGCCUUCCUGAUCCGGGAGAGCGAGAGCUCCCCGGGCGAGUUCUCUGUCUCCGUGAACUACGGGGACCAAGUACAGCACUUCAAGGUGCUACGCGAGGCCUCGGGGAAGUACUUCCUGUGGGAGGAGAAGUUCAACUCCCUCAAUGAGCUGGUGGAUUUCUACCGCACCACGACCAUCGCCAAGAAGCGGCAGAUCUUCCUGCGGGACGAGGAGCCCCUGCUCCAGCAGGCGCCCCGGGCCUCCUCCUUUGCCCAGGCCCAGUUUGACUUCUCGGCCCAAGAUGCCUCACAGCUCAGCUUCCGCCGCGGUGACAUCAUUGAGGUUCUGGAGCGCCCGGACCCGCACUGGUGGCGGGGUCGGGCCUGCGGACGCGUCGGCUUCUUCCCGCGGAGCUACGUGCAGCCGGUGCACCUGUGACCCGUGCGGGCGGCCCACCAGGCCCGCGGGCCAUUGCACAGGAACUGAGCGCGUGGACACUCCCACUGGGCCCCGCGGGGGGCUCAUCCGGAAAGUCUUGGACUGGACCUGGCUCCUGACUGCCUUUGGCCACCGUGACCACGUGCAGGCGAGGGCGGCUCCCGGAGCUCCCAGCCGGCCGCUUCCUAUUGGUCGCCAGCCGUGUGACGUCAUAGGGAGGCUUGCGCAGAGGCCCCACCCACCCACCUCCUCUGGCCAAUCCCUGCGCAGGCUUGAGGACUUCUAGGCUCCACCUUCCGUGGACUCAACCCAGGGAACUCAGGGCUUCUGGGGGCUGAGUGGCUUACCCUGGACUGCUAACCUGCUGAGCCUGUCUCCCAAACGACCCCUCCCAAGUUGUACAGAACGCUCCGAGGGGCAGGUGCACCUGUCGCCCAGGACUUGUGGGACAGACUCCAGGUGGACACCAGUUCCUUGGCAGCCCAAUGACUUCAGGACAUACCUGGGGCACCCAGCCCCCACCACAGCCCCUUUGGGGAGGGGCUAGAGGCCUGCGACCCUGAGACGGGGGCUGACAGUGAGGAGCGACAUGGUGGUAGCAAGCUGUUGGCCCGCUGGACACAUGAGCCUGCAGUGGCAGGCAGGCCCUGGCCCCAGCCACACAGACUCUCCAGGCCCAGGUUCUGCCCGGACCAGGGCACUGGGGAACUCCAGCAGGCAGGUUAGAUGGCAAGCUGGGGCCAGAGUGAGGUGCUGGAGGCCCAGCGGCACAGCUGGGAUGUCCAGGUGGAAUGUGCACCCCACGGGGUGGGUCCCAGGCAGCACCUGCCCAGCACCCAGCAUCCUCCGGGACAGCAAAAGUGAGAUGGGGCGUGCGGAGGCCUGGAAUGCUGGGUUGAUGAUGGAGCAUCCAUGAGCGGGAAGAAAGGCGGGGGGACUCCCUCUGGCCAGCAGAAGCAGGAGGGGCAUG